CUUCCCUUUAUUCGCACAGUUCCCACUAGCUGAUAAGUCACUCUGGUCUGUGAGUUCUUGAGGUCGGACACACCUGGCCUGUGCCUCAGAUCAAACCAUGGCUGUUGUCCUGGAAAACAUAUGGAAUGAUACUGAUUGGUGGAUGUUCAUUGAGGAUGAAUUUCAAAAUUUCACUGGCACACCACCCACAGAAAAAUAUUAUAGUCCCUGUAGGCUGGACACUGAGACACUCAACAAGGAUGCUGUGGUUGUCAUCUAUUCCCUGGUGUUCCUGCUGAGCCUGCUGGGAAACUCCCUGGUGAUGCUGGUCAUCUUAUACAACCGGGUCAGCCGUUCUGUCACCGAUAUCUACCUGUUGAACCUGGCCAUAGCCGACCUGCUCUUUGCCCUGACCCUGCCUAUCUGGGCUGCCUCCAAGGCGAAGGGCUGGACCUUCGGCACACUCCUGUGCAAGGUGGUUUCGCUCUUGAAGGAAAUCAACUUUUACAGUGGUAUUCUAUUACUGGCUUGCAUCAGCAUAGACCGCUACCUGGCCAUUGUCCAUGCCACACGCACAUUGACCCAGAAGCGACACUGGGUCAAGUUCAUAUGCUUAGGCAUCUGGGUCCUGUCCCUGAUCCUGUCCCUGCCCGUCUUCAUUGUACGUGAGGCCUACAAACCACCCUAUUCCAGCCCAGUCUGCUAUGAACACAUGGGUGCCAAUACAACAAAAUGGCGGAUGGUGAUGCGGAUCCUGCCCCAGACCUUUGGCUUCCUCCUGCCACUGCUGGUCAUGCUCUUCUGCUAUGGACUCACCCUGCGCACGCUGUUUGAGGCCCACAUGGGGCAGAAGCACCGGGCCAUGCGGGUCAUCUUUGCUGUUGUGCUCGUCUUCCUGCUCUGCUGGCUGCCCUACAACCUGGUCCUGGUCGCAGACACCCUCAUGAGGAUCCGGGUGAUCAAGGAGACCUGCGAGCGCCGCAAUGACAUUGGCCGGGCCCUGGACGCCACCGAGAUUCUGGGGUUCUUCCACAGCUGCCUCAACCCCCUCAUUUAUGCCUUCAUUGGCCAGAAGUUUCGCCAUGGACUCCUUAAGAUCAUGGCCAUCCAUGGCCUGGUCAGCAAGGAGUACUUGGCCAAGGACAGCAGGCCUUCCUUUAUUGGCUCUUCUUCAGGGAACACUUCUACUACAAUCUGAGCCCCCACCCCUGUUGCAGCCUCUCAGGGCUCCUCCUGUCCCCCCAGCAUCCCAUUCCAAGCCUUACAUCCACUGGUUGCUCCCAGUCUCUGUGUCAAGGCCAUGCCUCAUUGGGGUUACAGGAAUUGCUGGGGCCACAUCCUUCCUAGGUCCCCACUGUGGGGUUUGGGAAGCCUGCCAUGACGUCCUACCCCUUACCGUAAUUACUAUGUCAACUGCUGGCGCUCUGUCCAUCCUACCACUGAGCCCAUAGCACUCAGUUUCCUGGACAUCUGAAAGGCAUCCUUGGAAGUGACUGCAGAAAGUUCUCACCACUGGGAGCCGUCAGUGGCACACGUUCAUCGGUUCUGCAACUCUCCCUUUCCUUGCUUGCCAGCAAAGUCCACCUCCCUAGAGAGAGACUGAAGGUGACAGACACUUUCUAAGACUCGCUGAAGCUAGGAGUGGGCGCAUCAUCCACUUCUGACUAAUAAGACUUAAGGGCAAUAGUGUGCUGGUAUGCCACUCUCCGGGGAGAAGAGCCCUGAUUUGUAAUGUUUACCAAGUGCCCUGGUGUAAACACUCCCUCUAUGAUUUCAAGGGUGGCAGUGUUUAGCAACCAGCUCACAAAUUCUAGAAAAUGUACUAAUCUGCUUUCACAAACAAGUACAAGGUGGCUUUAGCAUACCAUUGCUUAAGAGGAAGUCUGCUAGGGCCAGGGGACUCCUGGGAAAUAUUCCUGAUUAAAAAAGAGAGAGAUACACAUACAUCCUUUCUUCUUGCCUUUGAAUAUGGUCAUAGGAUAUGAUGUGUGGAGCUGAGGCAGACACUUUGUGACAAUGAGGCAAAAAGUAUGCCCAACACACUUAGGCUGAUGGAGCCAAAGGAUAAGAAGAACCUGAGCAUAAAGAGCCCAGAAAUAAACCUAAGCGUAAAUGGUCAAAUGACUUUCAACAAAGGUGCAGACUAUUCAAUGGGGAAAGGAUAGUCCUUCAACAAAUGGUGCUGGGAAAACUAGUUAUCUACAUGCCCAGAAAAGGAAUUGGUCUUUCCCUCUUUCCCUUACACCUUAUACAAAAAUUAACUGAAAAUGGAUCAAAGACCUAAAUUUAAGAGCUAAAACGAUACAAUUCUUAGAAGAAAACAUAACGGAAAAACUUAAUUUGGUUUGAGGUUGGAACUGGAGUGAGGUUAAGAAAUGGAAUUUAGAUCAAGGUUGAGAUUGUGAUCAGGUAUUGAAGUUGGAGCCUGAGGUGAGGCGGAGGGGAAGCAAGGAUUGGGUGGCAGCUUGGGAUAAGGUGGAAGGUCAGAGAACGAUGAACGUCAGGAAUAGGGAGAGACCCAGAAGUAGGGAGUGGCCGGGGAUGGGGUUAGUGAGAUUCAGGGAGAUGCUAGAUGGGGUUGGGACCAAGUAUGGAGUGCAGUUCAGGAAUGGGAUGAGUGUGGGGGAUGUGGGGAGUCUAAGGGAGGCGUGGCAGAAAUGGAGUGAAUAUUAGGUAUAUAUUAAUGACUACAAGAGGGGCAUUGUCUAAAAUGCUAUUCCAGGGACCAGGAUGGAGACACCUUGGCCUGUUCAGCUUGAGGCUUUCCAAGUAGGUUGAUGAGGAAGGAGUUAGGGGUUCAAGCCCUAAGAGAUAGAUGUGAUACAGGAGAGAAGACAGAAGAAUUCAGAAAGAAUCCAGGGGGGAGGCUGAGAACUGGGCCUGGUAACCUCUGUUUCCUCUCCCUUCCUCCCUAUUGCAUACCCUGAUGCCCACCUUUCCUCACCUUCUGCUGCCUGUGCCCAAAGAUAAAUCUGUCAAGAACUUCAGUAAGUAAAUAAAGAUCCAUAUUUAGCCUGGGGAAAUACAAAUAACUAAUGCACAUCUGAAAAGAUGCUUGGCCUCCCUAGUAACCUGGGAGCUAGGAAUCCAACAGCAAUAAAAUAAAUUGUAAGUGUUUAAACAAGGGAGGGAUAUAGUCAGAACUCUCUUCAAACAAGUGUAACAUUGCUUGAUUAGAUUAUUAAUGCAGUGUAUCAUUCUCUGGGUAGAGUUCAAGACAUAAAUGAUUUGGAUUUCAGAUCUGUAACAAUAUCAGGCUGUUGGCACUGAAAUAACAUGGUGUUAUCGAUAUAUCAAAAACUGGUGUUUUAAUCACUAGGUAGGGUAAGGAUUAGCUAGCUAUCUGGUGAAGGGCAGGGAGAUAGUUCACCUCAGGGAGGAGCUCAUCGUCCAGGAAGGAGCUGGAAUCAGAGAUGGGGAGCAUCUUAGAAGGGCACUGGGGCAUUAGAGAUGGGAGAGAAUCAGGGAUGGGCUUUGAGUGAGGGAUGGGGUGACCAUCAGAAUAGGGUGGGGACAGGGUUUGGGAUAUGAAUGUAUGUUUGGCACAGUGCUUGCUGAUUUUUAAGUUUUCAAAAUUUGUUUUGUGGGCUUGGUUAAAAUGUUCCAGCCUUCAAGUAAUUAUGUUGAAAUGUUUCUCCUAUGCUAGUUACUCUUCAGACCAACCACAGCUCCCUCACUAUCGCUUCCCUCCCAUCCAGUGGUCCAUUCUUAUUAGUUCCAGCAAAAAUAUUAAUUGCUAAUCUGGAUUUUAUUUCAUAGGGUUUAAGAUUGUCUCUUCUCAGAAACUUAAUUUAGUUCGGGUCUUUCAGAGGCUGACAAGUCUCAUAGAUGCAGAUGAAAUAAAAUGAGCCAUCUCCUCUCGGGCCUGAGGGUCUUCCCAGAGAUAACCACUAGCCAAGAAAUCACGAUGGAGUACAGCAUUUUGCUGUUUCCAAACAGAGGUUGGAGGGACCAAAGAUCUCUGGGUUUGACCCAGAAAGGCACAAGUGGCUAACAGCUAUGCUGUCACCACCCCACUAUUGCUUUCAUUCAUCCUGGCAUUCUGUUUGUAAACUCAAGAUCCUUCUUCCAACCUUGAGGGUAGAAAUGAAUUAAAGAAUUAAAAAAAUAAAAAAUAAGCAGAAAAUGUUAACAGGCUUUCUGAAAUUAGUUCUUUUUUAAAUCAAAGUAUUUCAUGUACAUUAUUUUUAAAAGAUGAAAUAACUUUAUAAAGCUUAUAAUGAAAACCAGCAGCAGCCCUCCUGUCCCACUCCUGCAGGCAAAGGCAGGAACUUCCAGCGCUCAUAGCUGUUUCAGCUUGUAGUGAUGUGCGUAUUUCUGAAUAUAAUGCUUAUUCAGCUAGCUCUUGAUUUUCUUCUUCCAGUUUUAGAUCUCAUCUAUGGACUUCGUAUUUUGGCUUUCAAGGACUUUGUGGUUAGAGCAACGUUCAGUGUUUUUGUUAUACAACUAUGUAAAAAAUUGUUCACCAUUGUGUUCAAUGUUUAUAUUUCUUUUCUUUGUACAACUUCUGUUUUUCCUGGAAUUAAUGACAGGAUUUUCCAUAUACUUUUCAUUAUACUGGUCCCAAAUGUCUUCUAUGAUACAUACCCAUUCAUCACAUAAUCUGGAAUUUUUUUUCUUUCUUGGAGACAUUUCUCCUGGAGGCCUUCAUUGUCCUGUUCCAGUCUGUAUUGGUUACUUUCUAGGCCUGCUCCUUUUUCUAAAUUGCUUUAACUACAUUUCCAGAUAAAUUUUAGACUCUGAUUGCCAAUUUCUACAGAAUAUCCUACUGAGAUUUUGUUUUGGAUUAUGCUGAAAUUGUAGACCAGUUUGGAGAAAAUCGACAUCUUAACAACAUUGAGUUUUCUGAUCCAUAGCAUGGUUUCUUUCUACAGUAAUUUAUGUCUUUUCUAAUUUAUCUUGGCAAUGUUUCAUAGUUUUCAGUACAUAUAUCCUGUACCUAUUUUUUAAAAUUUAUCCCCAAAUAUUUUAUGGUUAUUAGGACAUUAUUAUAAAUGACAAUAAUUAAAAAUUUUUUUCCAGUUUUUUCUCAGUAUAAAAUAGAAAUAUAAUUGAAUUAUGUAUAUUGACCUUGCAUUCUGGGACCAGUAACCUCACCUAUUAGUUCUAGUAAUUAAAGAUUCUUUUGGAUUUUAUAUGUAUAUAAUCAUGUCAUCUGAUAAUAAAGACAAUUUUAUUUCUUC